UAUUUAGAACAAUCAGACGAGGGGUGGGGUCUGAGAACGACAAACGACGAAUGGAGCCGAGCAGCUUUACGCACUCAUUCUAGGGAUAUUCUUGGCAUCUGUCUGUUCUCGGUCCUCCUGAAAGUUGAAAUAAAACGCGUCACAAGACCACCGAUCGAAGCUAAAACGACCAACCCCGUCGUCGGGGCUAACCAAAUACCUCGCCCUUCACCUACUCAGCCUGGAGCUUUCCGCUGGCGGCAGAAUCUGUAUUGGCCGGUGUAUCUAACACAGCCGCACACCGACUGACAAAUCUCACUCAACUCCCUGGUAGAACUGUACAUGGUGAAGGCUCGGUACCAACUCAUCAUGCCUCUGAGAAAGUACCAGAAGUUUCCAGGGAACAACAGGUUCUGGUGCUGCGGGGCUCUCAUGUCCUCGAGACAAGUCAGCAUCCUCAUAUUCUGUGCCAUCAUCAUUGUGGUCGUCUCUGCACUCUUCUUUGCUUUUGAUGCUCGGUUCUUGGUGGUCAACGUAGAGCCAUUAGGAGUGGGAGUCAUAUUCCCAGUCCUCGGAGUCCUCGGGUUGUAUUUCUCCAUGUCGUUCCUCUUCAAGACUGGCUGCAUCGACUCUGGCAUCUUACCUCGCGCCCUUCCAGAUGAGAUUGCCUACAUGCAGUCACAGGGAGAUGAAGAGCCGGCUGGCAGCGGUCGGACGCUGGGUGCCCCUGCUCGUUACAAGACUGUGCAGCACAUGGGACAGAAGGUGAAGCUCAAGUGGUGUGUCACGUGCAAUCUGUGGCGGCCUCCUCGAGCCUCUCACUGCGGACUGUGCAACAACUGCUAUGAAAAUUUUGAUCACCACUGUCCAUGGGUUGGGAACUGUGUAGCCAGGAGAAACUACCGCUAUUUCUACCUGUUUCUGACCACCAUAGCUGUCACCGGAGUCUACAUGAUGGCCUGUAACAUAACUGUCAUCGUACUUGCCUCGAAGAAAAUGGGAUUUGGAGAUGCGCUCAAGACCUACCCCGGAAGUGUGAUAGAGUUCUGUGUGAGUGGUCUGGCAGUAAUCUCCGUCUCUGGCCUCUCCUGCAUGCACACCUGGCUCAUCGCUAGGAUGGAGACCACCAACGAAGACAUCAAAGGAACCUUUAACCCUCGAAAGCAGGGGAGAACGGUUCACAACCCGUACCGCAGAAGAAACUGCUGCCUCAACUUCCUAUUUGUCAUCUGUGGGCCUUUUCCUCCAAGUCUGAUAGAUAGACGAGGGGAUAUGACAGAAGAGUAUCAGGCAGCUCUGGAGGGGGACAACAGCAGCUAUGGAGCCACCAGCUCUGUACCAAAGCUACCUCCCGAGUCCCCAUCUCCAGUUCCUCCUAACCCAACGCCACCACCUUUGGCCCCUGACCCCACAUCAGAGGUCAUCUCAAUGACUCCCACUGCCUCCAUGGAGGUGAGGACGGAGGGCGAGGAGGGUGUGGUACAGGUGACAGUAGAGAGAUCUGACAGUAGCCAUGGAGUAGGAGAAGACGAGACCCAGCAACUCAUACUUGACCGAGCAGGACACGGACAACAAUAGCAAACACUAUUAUUAGUCAUAAUUAUAGGGUUUGUGUGUGUGUGUUGGAGGUUUCUGAUCUGUUCAUGAAUUUUAUGUGUUGUGUCUCACUCAUGUGGCUGUUGGUAGAUAUCGCAUGCCGCUGCCAUUGUAACUUUUUCGCAUUCUUCUUCUUCUUUAUAAUCUCCACUGAAGGAGAGAGUAUAUUCCCUAGGUGCGGGUGAAGAUUGGGAAAAUGAAGUGGAUCAGGAUAGAAGUCGAGAGCGAGCAGAUAAGUAUGGUGAAGCGUGCAUG